GCGGAGCGGCGGCGAUGGCCGCCCUGCGCUCUCUGCUGCGGUGGCGCCGCCGCUUGGAUCCCGCAACCGGAGCGCAGCCGGCGCGGCGGCUGUGGGCCGGCGGCGGGGCCGGGCCGGCGGGGCUGAGGCGGUGGCGACGAGAGCUGGGCUGGGCAAUGGGGGCCGCCCUCGCCGGGUACCUGGGGUACCGGCUGUCCGAGCGGCGGUGGGAGCCCUCCCUGGAGCCGGCAGCCGCCGGGCCGGGCGGGGCCCGGGCGCUGCUCCCCAUCCCUGUGGCGGCGGCUGCCAAGGAGACGGUUACAGAAAACAGAUCAGACCUUGAAGAUUUACACCUUUAUGCAACUCCUCGGGAGCAGCGGUUUCGUAGAUUCGCCAGUUUAGAAUUCGAAGGGCAGCUGUAUAUGACUCCAUAUGACUUCAUUCAGGCUGUCACAAGUGAUGAACCCAAACAUGCUAAAAAAUGGCGAUCCCUUUCAAAGCAGGAACUGAAUCAGAUCCUUAUGGAGACACCACCAGUUUGGAAAGGAUCAUCUAAACUUUUUCGUAAUCUUAAUGAGAAAGGUGUGAUUUCAUACACUGAAUAUUUAUUCCUCUUAUGUAUUUUAACAAAGCCACAUGCAGGUUUUAGAAUCGCUUUCAACAUGUUUGAUACUGAUGGCAAUGAGAUGGUGGACAAAAAGGAAUUCUUAGUGCUACAAGAGAUUUUCAGGAAGAAAAAUGAGAAGAGAGAAAGAAAAGGAGAUGAAGAAAAACGUGCAAUGUUGCGUCUUCAACUUUAUGGAUAUCACACUCCUACUAACAGUGUUGUUAAAACAGAAGGAGAGGACCUUGUCCCCAGAAGCUAUUGGGAUACUUUGAGACGUAGCACAAGCCAAGCACUCUUUUCAGACCUUGCAGAGCGUGCUGAUGAUAUUGCAAGUUCACUGUCAGAUACAACACUGCUUGUACACUUUUUUGGCAAGAAAGGAAAAGCUGAGCUGAACUUCGAAGACUUUUAUAGAUUUAUGGAUAACCUACAAACUGAGGUUCUGGAGAUAGAAUUCCUUUCCUACUCUAAUGGGAUGAACACCAUCAGCGAGGAAGACUUUGCCCAUAUUCUUUUGAGGUACACAAAUGUGGAAAAUACGUCAAGUUACCUGGAAAACAUGCGCUGUAGGAUUCCUGAAGAGAAGGGUAUCACAUUUGAUGAGUUUAGAUCAUUUUUCCAGUUUUUGAACAACCUUGAGGACUUUGCAAUUGCAAUGCAAAUGUAUAACUUUGCAAGUCGUUCCAUAGGUCAAGAUGAAUUCAAACGUGCUGUGUACGUAGCCACAGGUGUGAAGCUUUCACCACAUUUGGUGAACACAGUGUUCAAGAUUUUUGACGUUGACAGAGAUGACCAGCUGAGUUAUAAAGAAUUCAUUGGCAUUAUGAAGGACAGACUCAACCGAGGGUUUAGGGAGACUCCAAGGUAUGGUUGGCAGGAAUAUUACUCUUGUGUGAUGACUGUGACCAGUGAACAUCUGAGAGAUCUAUGGAAGCAAUUUCGGAGAAGAGAUAUGCUGAGAUAAAGGAAGAAAGAAGGAAUACCUGCACUGGUCAGAACUAUUUAUUCCUAUGAAUUCUUAAUGGAGAACAGAGUAACCCAAAUGAAUUGUGAAUCUUCCAGCUGCCAGUACAAAACACAGGACUUGUUUUCCAUUUAAUGUAGUGGUCAUAAAGUCUUAGAACUGCUUUUCAGGAUGUAUUUUAUUUAAAUGACAAACUAUCACCUGGUUGGCAGAGGUCUUUUUCUUACAAACACAUUCUGUGUAACAGUUUUUAUUAUUCUGAGAUAUGUUUGUCAUUUAAAAGAGAACCAAGUAAGUUUUACACCUGGGUAGGCAAACAUUUUGACAAUGAAGAGAAUCAGCUUAGACUGUGAAUUCACUUUCAGGAGAGCAUUAUGAAAAGUUUGUGCUAAACUGGGAAUGAGAACCCACUAAGUUACAUAACAAUUAUCUACGAGUUGAAUGUAAAAACCGAAUUCUUACAAGCUAACAAAGCUGUUAUGGCCAUAAUGUGAAUGAUAGGUAUUUACCUAGGAAGGGUACUGUAUGGAUUAUAAUGUUCAGAUUUUCCAAGUCUUACUAUUAUGUUUAUUUAUUUAUUCUUUUAAAAGCAUAGUACAGAUUUUAAGAUGUCUUACAAGCCCUAUGUUGAAGAGAAGUUAAAAUGUUCAAAUUCAUCUUAAGACACACUUUGUAAUAUUUAUUUUACGUUUUAUUGGCAUAGAUUUGAAUUUCUCUGGUAUAUUUCUGGUAGAUUUAAAACUUCAUGUGUUUCUUGUGAAUAGUGGACUUUUAUAUGAAAUAAGAUAUGACACUAAAUAGAAAUUAUAGUUGUCUAAUUUGCUACUCUGGAAUGCAGUAUCUGAAAGUAGAUGAAAAAGCUUCUUGUGUUUGUGUCAAACCAAAAAGCAAAGCAAACCAAGAAUGCAUGCAGCAGCACAGAGCAACACUCACUAAGUCAUAUUAGUUGAAUAUUACACAUCAAAUAUUAGACAUAAAUUAGGCCCUAUAAAGUUUGUGGAGAUUUCAGGCAGUCAGUAGCCACUGUGAGCUUUCAUGCCCUGCAGGUUUAGAUGUUACUGAAACAGUGGCAAGGACACUGCUGCAUUUGGUUUGCAUAUCUAUCCUCUGAAGGAUAUCUUCUGCCUUUUCUUUUCUUUACUCCCUUUUGUAGGUGAUUCUCAGGUAGUGUAGAUUAAACCCAAACAGACAUGAACAUGUAUUCCUUACAUUUUUCUUGUGAAGAGUCCCUGGAUAGUAACUAAGUCUGUAUGUAUUUAGGAACAAUCUGUGCCUUGAAAUAUAUCUAGCUGAAUACAAACACACACACUAAAACUAAUGCACAUAAAUUUAUUUUGGGAGGCAAAUAUUUGGUGGCAUUUGACCAUUAAAGGGGAGCCAAAGUAAUGGUUUAAAAUCUUCUAUUACUCCAAAUACUUGUAAGCAACCUUUUCAAAAUCGUAUUUAGUGCACAGCAAACAGUAUCUUAUACCACAUGUGUAUGUACACCUACGUUUAGAGAUGUUUAAUUUAUAAUAAGGUUCAUCUCUGCUAAAAAAAUGAAAACAAAAUUAAGAGGAAAUUGUUUUUAGGAAUUUUCACUUUGAGAAGCUUAGAAAAAAAUCUGCUGGGUGUGGCUUUUAUUUGAAAAAGCCAGUUCAGAGAGCUUUUGAAGGAUGCUACUUCAGUUAAUAUAUCCACAUUGUUGUCCUUAAAGGACAGACAACAAGAAAAAAAUCAAAUAAACUGAGAUAAAGGUGCAACAGAACAUGGAUAAGCUGUAGUCCCUAUGUGAUUAUUUAGGGAAUGAACUGUAUUCACUCUAUCGUCUUCGUACACAGAACUUUCUCACUGCUUCUUGUCAGCAUAUGCAAACCCCCCUCUCAUUUCAGUACUUCAGUGAUGAAGCACAAAAAAAAAGGGAAGAAAGGAUAGGGAGUUACUGAAGGGAUUUCUCUCCUUCAUCUUCAUUCACCACUGCCCACUUACAGUGAUCCUCACCAUGAAGGAAGCAGCAGCAUCACUAGUGAUGAUUUUGCUCCUCCACUGCCCUAGGCAAUAGUGCACUUUGCUUUUAUGGCUGGCUUGAGACAAUUUUAUUGUUUUUCUAUGUACUUCCUAACUGUAGUCACUUAAUAUAAAAUAGAAUGUGAAAGUGUCAGAUUAGUUUCUAAGAGUAUUUUCCCUUAUGUUUAAUAAUAAGUUAUUUAAUAUAAAUAUGAAUAUAUGCAUAUACUUGUUUCUUUCAAAAUAAAUGCACUAAAACCUAA